CCUCCCUUCUCUUCCGUUCUUAACUGUCUCAACACUUUCUAUAGUGCUGAAUAUACUUAAACCCUAAAUACUGCAAUCUCUAUUCGCCGUACUUCCAAAUUCAAAAAACCCCCAAAUCACUUUCCAUCAUCAUCGAUGGCGGAAACCACUCAAUUGACUCGUCACAUUGAGUCAUAUGUUGACUCAUCUUCUACUCCAACUCACCAGGCUACAAGCUUAGACGCUAUUGGAUUAUUGAUAAAAACCAAUGCUUUAACUCUAGAAGCACUUGUUAGAGAAUUGGAUAUGUAUUUGACCUCAACAGAUACAGUUAUUCGCGCAAGAGGAAUUCUUCUCCUGGCAGAGGUGCUUACUCGUAUUUGCUCAAAACCUCUUGACAGUGAAACAAUACAUAGCUUGGUUGGGUUCUUCAAGGAAAGACUGGCAGAUUGGAAAGCAGUACGAGGUGCACUUGUGGGUUGCUUGGCAUUGAUAAGGAGGAAAAGUGUUGCGGGUAUGGUAACUGGUAGUGAUGCCAAAGCCAUUGCUCAAUCUUUUUUACAAUACUUGCAAGUUCAAUCUUUAGGACAUUACGACAGGAAGCUUUGCUUUGAACUGCUUGAUUUCCUGCUAGAACAUCAUGCCGAUGCAGUUGCUUCAUUGGAGGAGGACCUUAUUUAUGGAAUUUGUGAAGCCAUAGAUGCAGAAAAGGAUCCGGAAUGUUUAAUGCUCGCUUUUCAUAUUGUCGAGUCCUUGGCACGACUAUAUCCUGAUCCAUCUGGUCUACUUGCAAGCUUUGCUAGUGAUGUUUUUGAUAUUUUAGCACCUUACUUUCCCAUUCACUUCACACAUCCAUCGAGUGGGGAUACUCAUGUGCAAAGAGAUGACCUGUCAAAAAUUCUGAUGUCUGCAUUCUCUUCUACUCCUCUUUUUGAGCCAUUUGUUAUUCCUCUGCUUCUUGAGAAACUUUCGUCUUCACUACAUUCAGCAAAGAUUGAUUCCUUACAAUAUCUUAGAGUGUGCUCCUCCAAGUAUGGGGCAGAGAGAAUUGCAAAAUAUGCUGGAGCUAUUUGGUCUUCAUUAAAAGACACCUUAUAUACUUAUUUGGCGGAGCCAGAUUUGUCUUUUACUUUACCCAUAAAUGGUAUUGGCUUUCCAGAGAAUGAAGUUGUAAUUGAAGCUCUGUCCCUCCUUCAGCAGCUUAUUGUGCAAAAUAACAGUCAGUUAGUUAGCUUGAUAAUUGACGAUGAGGAUGUCAACUUUAUUAUCAAUUCCAUUGCCUCUUAUGAGACGUACGACACUAUCUCUGUGCAAGAAAAGAAGAAACUACAUGCUAUUGGUCGCAUUCUCUAUAUUACUGUCAAGGCUUCCAUUUCUUCCUGCAAUGCCGUGUUUCAAAGUCUUUUCUUAAGAAUGAUGGAUAAUUUGGGAAUUCCUGUUAGUAACAUUGAUGGCUUGCAAAAUAGUGCUAUUUUUACGUCACAAAAUGUGAAGUUUGGAUUCCUUUAUCUCUGCAUAGAACUACUUGCAGGAUCAAGGGAAUUAGUUGUUUUGUCUGAAGAAAAGCGUGAGACAUACUGCACCCUACUUCAUAGUUACUCAACCGUGUUAUUUAAUGCCUUUGAUUCAGUUUUGGAUGUAAGUGCUGACAGAUGCCUCCCUGGUCCUGAUAUACACAUUGGAGUAAAGGGCUUGCAGAUUCUGGCAAUGUUUCAUUUAGAUGUUUUUCCAAUACCAAAAUCAACAUUUGAGAAUAUUUUGAAGAAAUUCAUGUCAAUUAUCAUAGAGGGUUUCAACAGAACAGUACUAUGGAAUGCCGCAUUGAAAGCGUUAUUUCAUAUUGGCUCGUUUGUUCAAAACUUUAGUGAGUCUGAAAAAGCUAUGAGCUACAGGAGUUUUGUUGUAGACAAAACUAUGGAACUGCUGUCUCUUGAUGAUAUUGCUCUGCCCUUUUCACUUAAAGUAGAAGCAUUAUCUGAUAUAGGCAUGACUGGCAUGAAAAACAUGCUAACAAUUCUUCAAGGGUUGGAAGGAGCUCUAUUUGCCAAUCUAUCUGAGGUUCAUAGAAAUUUAAAGUCUUCUGAAAUUGCUGCUCAGCUUUUGGAGUGCUAUUCUUGCAAGUUACUUCCAUGGAUCCAUGAAAACGGAGGUGCAGAGGAAUCCAUAGUGCAAUUUACUGUGGAGAUUUGGAGCCAAGCAGGAAAUUGCAUGGAUUUUAAUUCUCCAUUUGAGGAAAAGGGUCUUCUUGAUUCAAUGAUGAAAGCAUUGAAAGUUUCUGUUGGGUGUUGCUCUGUAGAGAGUCAAAAUGCUAUAAUUCAAAAAGCUUACAGUAUUCUAUCGUCACAUACCAAAUUUCAGCUUAAUGAUGUAGGAAGAUUGCCAUUAACUCCCGGAGCAUAUGACAUUUCUCCUAGGGAUGAAGGGAUACUUUUAUUAUUUGCAUCUGUAAUUAUUGCACUUCGCCCCAAAACACACAUUCCAAAUAUAGGAGGGCUUCUGCAACUUUUUAUAAUAACCCUGCUCAAGGGUGUUGUUCCAGUUGCACAGGCUUUGGGUUCUAUGGUCAACAAACUCAUUCCAAAAUCCAAUGGUGCAGAGAAGUCUGGUGAAUUUCCCUUGGAAGAAGCUCUUGAUAUUAUUUUCAACACCAAAAUAUGGUUUUCUAGUACUGAUAUGUUGCAGAGAUGUAAUGGAUCAAGUAAUGGGAGUGAAAUGGUUCUUACUGAUUUAUGCCUGGGUAUCACAAAUGAUAGAUUGCUUCAAACCAAUGCUAUUUGUGGGCUUGCAUGGAUUGGAAAAGGUUUGCUGCUGCGUGGUCAUGAAAAGAUUAAAGACAUCACUAUGAUAUUUAUAGAGUGCUUAAUGUCAGACAGAAAGAGUUCAUUGCCUUUGAUUGAAGGUUCACUAGCAAGUACUGAAGAGCAGAAAUCGGAUCCUUUGCCAAGGAAAUGUGCUGCGGAUGCUUUUCAUAUUCUUAUGAGUGAUGCCGAAGUUUGUUUGAAUAGAAAAUUUCAUGCCACAAUACGGCCUCUAUAUAAGCAGAGGUUUUUCUCUACCAUAUUGCCCAUCUUUCAGCAGCUGAUCACAAGAUCUGAUUCGCCAUUGUCCAGAUCUUUUCUGUAUCGAGCUUUUGCACAUGUCAUGUCUGACACUCCAUUAAUUGUUAUAGUGAAUGAAGCUAAAAAGCUCAUACCAGUUCUUCUAGAUUGCUUGUCCUUGUUGACGGAAGAUAUCGAAGAUAAAGAUAUCUUGUAUGGUCUGUUGCUAGUUUUAUCUGGGAUAUUGACUGAGAAAAAUGGACAAGAAGCUGUAAUUGAGAAUGCACAUAUUAUCAUCAAUUGUCUAAUUAAGCUCGUGGACUACCCUCAGAAGACGCUUGUUCGGGAGACAGCUAUUCAAUGUCUUGUUGCAUUGUCCAUGCUUCCCCAUGCGCGUAUCUAUCCAUUGAGAACACAGGUUCUUCGAGCAAUACCAAAGUGUCUUGAUGAUACAAAGAGAUCUGUUCGCCGUGAAGCUGUAAAAUGUCGGCAAGCAUGGGCAUCGAUUACAUCAUCGAGGAGUCUUCGUUUCUGAAGUUUAAAACCUGCUUCCAGAUCCCAAGCUACUGUAAAUGCUUUCGGGCAUUGUUUUAUUAGGGAUUCUUUCACCCUAAAAAAGUUUUGCAGUGGUUGAUAAUAUUACAUGUAAAUAUCUAAGGUUGUAAGUCUUACCUUAUUGAUAUAAUAAAAUUAAAGUCCAUUGAAACAGUUGACCAUUCCUUUA